AUGGCCGACAGGGCGCGCAUCCUCCUCAUAGACUCCUACGACUCCUUCACCUUCAAUCUAGCCUCGCUUUGCAAACGGGCUGUCCCUGGAUGCCACAUCCAUAUCAUUAAGAACGAUGCUCUCUCCGCCGCUUCCUUCAUCCCGCUCCUGCGGCACUUCGACGCUGUCAUCGUCGGACCGGGUCCUGGCUCGCCAGACAAUCCUGAAGACGUCGGGAUAGUGAAGGACGUCUGGCAUGUCGCGGAAGACUCGCUCGUCCCCGUAUUCGGAGUCUGUCUUGGCCUCCAGAGCCUGGCGGUGGAGCACGGCGGUAGAAUCCAGCGACUUAAUGUCGUCAAACACGGUCAAGUCUCUCGUAUCCACCAUCAAGGAACGGAUCUGUUCGAGAACGUUGGGCAGGUAGACGCUGUGCGCUACCACUCCCUACACGUUGAACUCUCUGGCCAGGUCGAUCUCGAGCCUUUAGCCUGGGCAGACGAUGACGGGGAGAACGGUCAAGUCCUCAUGGCACUCAAGCACAGACGCAAGCCCUUCUGGUCUGUACAAUAUCAUCCGGAGUCGGUGCGGACGGAAGGCGGUGGGGAGGACGUGCUACGGAAUUUUUGGAAGCUAGCGAGUCGCUGGUCUACGACCCACGGAAGGAUCACGCUGCCCUUGACGGCCGCCAUUGAAGACCUUAUGGGUGCAUGCUGGCCAAGCGUGCGCCCUGAAACUGCUAUUAGGGACUCCGCUGAGCUCUCGACUGCCCUGGUCAUCACUCGAACCAUUGGUGCACCCUACGCCGACGUCUCUCGCGUCUGCGAGAUGCUGGGCGUAGAAGAUGACACUACCGACUUCGCCAUGCUCGACUCCGCUGCUGCACCCGGUCGCUUUUCCAUCAUCGGAUGUCUCUCGCCUACCUCCCCGAAGAUCACAUAUUCUAUCGGCGACUCUUUCGUUCGGAUACGGCGGGGACGAGACAUCACGUUCGCAGAACUUGGCACACUGGACAUAUGGGCUUGGCUCACUGCGUUCAUGCACCGCAGGAAAGCGCAUGGCGGUAUGCCCGAAGUGCCCUUCUGGGGUGGCCUUGUUGGCUAUCUCAGCUAUGAGCUGGGUGUGCAAACUAUCGCUCCUGUCCCCCCUCGUUCCGGAAACCAGCCCCGUCACGCGGAUGUCAGCCUCGUCUUCGUCGAUCGGAGUAUUGUCGUGGAUUCGCGAGAUCAGCUGGUCCACAUACAGUCCAUCCUUACCUCCGACGAUGAGUGGCUGCAGGAGAUGACCUGUCGUCUGCGGAAGAUCUUCGCGGCGCCAACCAUAGAUCGUUCCCUAGGGGCUACUUCGAGCCAGUCUGUGCCUGCACCCAUCGUAUCCCUCCCGGGUCGCGCGGAAUAUAUCUCCAAGAUUGCUGCUGCGAAAGAAUGGCUGUUCUCUGGUGACUCGUACGAGCUUUGUGUGACUGCGCCUACGCGCAUUCGCGCACUCAAAGCGCCUUCUGCUGUCGCGCGGGGCACGUCGUCCUCCUGGGAGCUCUACAAGACUUUACGCUCACGUAACCCGGCUCCACACUCAGCCUACCUCCGCCUUCACCCAUCCACCCUUCUAUCCUCUUCCCCCGAGCGUUUCCUGUCGUAUUCACGAGCGCCCGACAGCUUAUGCCAGCUACGUCCGAUCAAGGGGACGGUGCGUAAGGCACCCGGUAUCACACGCGAGGUCGCGGAGGAGCUACUCUCAGGUAGCAAGAAGGAGGUCGCGGAGAACCUCAUGAUCGUGGACCUCAUACGACACGACCUACACAGCGUCGUGGGCGAGGACGUGCACGUCCGCCAGUUUUGCAAGGUGGAGGAGUACGAGACUGUAUGGCAGCUUGUCAGCGUCAUCGAGGGCAAGCCGGCUCCAGCUAUCAAGAACAAGACAAACUCGGAAUUAGGCUGGGAGGUUUUGCGUGCUAGCCUGCCACCAGGCAGUAUGACCGGUGCUCCUAAGAAGCGGAGUGUAGAGAUCUUGCGUGACCUUGAGGGCGCGGAGCGAGGCAUCUACUCCGGCGUUCUUGGGUACGCUGAUGUUGGUGGCGGUGGCGACUGGGCAGUCAUCAUUCGCAGCUGCUUCAAACACGAUGAGCGAUUGGCUCCUAGCCCUGGCGAACCAUUACAUUACGCCACGGAUACAGAAGACACGGUUCGGGGAGCGGUACCCAGUACUUCGGAUGCAGAUCUCGAGGGCCUUGGUGGACUGGCCGAGCGGCUCGGCGCUCUCCAUGAUACACCCGAUCGACACCUAACCCCCCUUCCCGAUACACUGUUCGAUGAAUGGACGCUCGGUGCCGGAGGUGCUAUCACCGCGCUCUCCGACCCUGUGGCCGAGUGGGACGAGAUGGUCACGAAGGUCGAGAGCGUGCUACGGGCGUUCAACGAGCCUACACUGUCAUAG